AAAAAAAAACAAAAGAAAGGAAAAGAAAGAGGAAAAAUGGAACGAGCUACAAUUGGAGAGUAGUGCAUUUCUAGAAAGCUAGCGUCACUGUUUACGCUAGUAAUGGUAGAAAGAAAAGUGAUUGUAUCAAAUCAGUAGAAAGAGUCAAAAGAAAACGAAGACUUUACUGAACAUAUACUUAUGUAUAUAAUCAUACAAAUACUUCUGUUUAUUUGGAAUUAAACCCAUUAUUAUUAGCUUGCAACUAAGGAUGCUGAGGCUUUAUUGCUUGCUCUUUCUUCUGCUAAAUCAAGCAUUAGCAGUCUUGUCUGUUGAUACGUAUAGCAGGAAAGACUUCCCUCCUGACUUUAUUUUUGGUGCUGCUACCUCUGCUUAUCAGGUGGAAGGAGCAGCACAUGAGGACGGUAGGAGUUCCAGCAUUUGGGAUACCUUUUCUCACGGAGGUGGAGAGGUGGCAGUUGAUGAGUACCAUAAAUACAAGGAAGAUGUCCAUCUUAUGGCUGAAACUGGAUUAGAGGCUUAUAGAUUUUCCAUCUCAUGGUCUAGACUUAUUCCGAAUGGAAGAGGGCCUGUCAAUCCAAAGGGCUUACAGUAUUAUAACAACCUCAUAGAUGAACUUAUAAGCCAUGGCAUCCAAGCACAUGUUUUGUUAUACAAUUAUGAUCAUCCACAAUCACUUGAAGAUGAAUAUGGAGGAUGGCUUAGCAGAAACAUUGUGAGAGACUUCACAGCUUAUGCAGAUGUGUGCUUCAGAGAAUUCGGUGAUAGGGUUUCAUCUUGGUCUACUAUAAAUGAGCCAAACAUCUUUGCAGUGGGAGGUUAUGACCAGGGAGUAGUGCCGCCGGGAAGAUGUUCUUAUCCAUUUGGGUUUGGGAACUGCUCCAUUGGCAAUUCCUCCACUGAGCCAUACUUGGCAGCUCAUAAUAUGCUUUUGGCACAUGCGUCAGCUGUAAGAUUGUACAAGAACAGAUAUCAGAGCAAGCAAAAUGGAGUCAUAGGAAUCACCCUCUAUGCCUUCUGGCUUCUCCCUUUAACUAACUCAACAGAGGAUGAAACUGCUGCACAAAGAGCCAGAGACUUCUUUUUGGGUUGGUUUUUAAAUCCGUUGGUGUUUGGAGACUAUCCUGAAAUAAUGAAAAAAAAUGCAGGUUCAAGGCUUCCAGUCCUUACCAAUCAAGACUCAAAAUUGGUAAAGGGUGCAUUUGACUUCAUAGGAAUGAUACAUUACACUACAGUUUACAUCAAGGAUAACUCCAAAACUCUGAAACUGGAGAACAGAGAUGUCCAAGCAGAUAUGGCACUAACUAUCUGGUUCACGCAGGAUGAAGAUGAUCCUUUUGGAAUAUUCCCAGUAGAGUACCCUGCGAGGCCUUGGGGUCUGCAAGGAUUAUUGGAGUAUUUCAAGGAAGCUUAUGGCAAUCCUCCCGUAUACAUCCACGAAAAUGGGCAAGUGAGUCGGCGAAAUUCUUCAUUGGAAGACACUUCAAGGGUGGAAUAUCUGCAUGCAUACAUUGGGAGUUUGCUCGACUCAAUCAGGAAUGGAUCAAAUACAAGAGGGUAUUUCGUAUGGUCCUUUCUAGAUGUUUUCGAGUUGUUGGAUGGCAGCGGAUCAAGCUAUGGCCUGUAUUUCGUGGAUUUGAAGGAUCCAACCUUGAAAAGACUACCAAAGAAAUCUGCACAUUGGUACUCCCACUUCUUGAAAGGAGGCAGGGUCAGCCCUGACGGAACUAUUGAACUUGAGAAAACGUUUGACGACUCUUCUUCAGGAACACUUGUUUCAAUAGGUUAAAAAGUUUCUUUUAGUGUAAUUUUCAGUUGGAAGGUCUGACGCGUUGAGUACAACAAUAUCUAAAUGUAAUGGUAUGGACAAUAAUAAGUUGCUUCACAACUUCUCUAGUUAAUUGCUAAGAGAUCUCUAUACGUGUUUGUAUGUGUAACUGUUGUUUUUUAUAUAGAGUAUAUAUAUGACAGAAUGCCUGGAAAAAUUUAAC